AUGCACUUGAGCUGGGCGUUCGCGCUGCAGGACGCACCCAAUCAAACGCAGAUGAUGCUCCGUAGUCGCGCAACAAUCUCCUUGAGAGAUCCGGCAAUCAGUGUUCCUCGCUGCUCGCUCGGCCGGAGGCUGAUGCUCACGCCCACCUCAAGAUUCUCACUGCCCUCUUUCGCCUUUUGCACCGGAGAGGCAUCUGACAUCUCCAAGCUUGCCCUCUACGCAGAAAAAUGCCGACCCGGCCGCCUCAAUAUGGCAUCAUCGAUUCCCAAAGAUGCAAUAGAGUUCCCCGACUCGGAUAGGGAGUUCCUAGAGCCUCAUCUUCCGCCAAUAGAUGGAAGCAACCCGACGCCAGACUCUCCAUUCGUCACGCUGACUUUCGCCACAUCGCUUGACUCCUCCCUCGCUCUGUCGCCGGGAGCCCCAACGGCCAUCUCUGGUCCACAAUCCAAGGCCAUGACCCACUAUCUUCGUUCUCGUCACGAUGGAAUCCUCAUUGGCGUCGGUACGGCCGUCGCAGAUGACCCCAGCUUGAACUGCCGCCUUGUCGGUGUUGGUGGCUACGGCGGCGAAGGCUUGGAUGGACAGCCUCGACCCAUUGUUGUCGAUCCGACCGCACGGUGGAACUUCACCUCGAACUCGAAGCUCUUCAAGCUCUGUCGUGAGGGUAAGGGCCGGCCUCCAUGGGUUGUCACAGCUGUCAAGGAACCUCCUGCCGAGAAGGUAGCUCUGCUGAAAGAGUAUGGUGGAAAGUACGUGGUCAUGGACAUCGCCACAUUGGACGUUGGAGAGCAUCGCCUCAACUGGCAUGGACUUCUAGUCGCAUUGAAGGCAAAUGGCCUCAACAGUGUCAUGAUUGAGGGCGGUGGCCAGGUCAUCAACUCGCUUCUCGAGCCACGAUAUCUGCAGGAAAUCAGCUCCAUAAUUGUUACUAUAGCCCCCACAUGGCUUGGCAAGGGCGGAGUUGUCGUCUCCCCGGCCAGGCGUCACGAUGACACCGGAAAGGCGAUUCCUGCGGCUCGACUGUCUGGCGUCAAAUGGUACCCUUUCGGCGAAGACGUCGUCUUGUGCGCCAAGGUUAAACUUUGA